AAAUAUUGGCAGCGAAUUCCGGGCAGGUGCGAGGGUCGAAUAGUCAGUAACAGUGUAUUUAAAAAUAAAUUUAUGUUGUGGGGUUCUGUCUAUCCUCUAUCUCCAGAAAUAUCGCGGAUAAUAGCAGUGUAGAGGUGAAAAGUUUAUAAAACUUAUAUUCACUGGACACAAACUUUUAAAUUAUGGCAAUUAUAAGUAUAGUACGUGAGACAUCCCGAAUACUAUGUGAAUAUGUUUCUUCGGACAUUGAAGCAGGCUUUUAUUGUCAUUCACUUUAAAACCAGCAAACAAACAAAACAUGAAACAGUUGAGUAAAGAUCAAAAAGAUUUAGAUGAGGGUCUUAAAAUAUUUAAUUGGAUUAAAUAUGUAUCCAGAACUCUCGGAUUAUGGCCUCUGGCGCAAAAUAAUUUUGUUUUUUUCACAACAUUUUCUUAUUUUACGGUCGUCAUGAUUCUCGAGUGGAUGGAUGUUUACUACUCGCUUAACGAUUUCGAUAGAGUCCUCGACAAUCUUCUAGAAAAUUUAUCAUACUCUCAUAUUUACGUCCGCGGAAUAAUACUGAGAUUAAAAAUAAACAAAAUUCGUCAAGUAAUAGAAGACACUAUAGACAAUUUCAGUGUUGAUAAGUUCAAAAAUUCAUCGGAAAUAAAAAUAUUUUUGAGUUACAUUAAUGAGGGGAAAUUCUUUGUCAAAUCAUUCAUUUCAUUUAUGGCAAUGACUGUAAUUAUUUGGUAUAUUAGCCCACUGACAGCUCCAGCACCUAUUGCUGACGAUAAUGAAACGAUAAUUUAUAUUUUACCUUAUCGUUUCCACGUUGUCUUCGAAAUAAAUGACUAUAAAUCCUAUAUGCUGACUUAUAUUUCAUAUGCGCCCUAUACUUUCAUUCAUGGUUGCAGUCAUGCAUCAGUAGAAUGUAUUUUAAUUACACUAAUUUAUUAUCUGAGAGGAAGACUAGUUAUUUUAGUUGGCAGAAUUAAUGCUCUUACUAAUAAACCAAAAGUGGAAAAAUAUGAAAUCAAUGAAAUAAUUGUGGAACACAUCGAAUUACUAAAAUUUGGUGAAACGGUCAUCAGCACAUACAGUACGUCAUUAAUGUUUUAUAUGAUGAGUGCCACUAUGGCUUUGUGCGUUAUUUGUUACAAAAUACUAAUUAUCGUAAGUGCGUAUUUUCAGAAUUUCAUGAUUGGGCCAAACAAAGAUUUAGUUCAAUACUUGAUAUAUGUACUUGCAACGUAUCUUAUAAUUGGUGUAUUGAGUACUGUCAGUGAGGGCUUGAUUUCCGAGUGUAAUAAAGUGAGCGAAGCAUUUUGGAAUUGCGAGUGGUAUAAUAUGCCACUGGGUUCGAUCAAUGAUAUCAUGUUCUGCAUUUCAAGAUCACAAAAACCACUGGCUCUUAAAAUCGGAAAAUUUUCAACAUUUGGUAACAACACGAUGACAAUUGUUCAGAAAACGGCUAUGGGAUACUUGUCAGUACUAAGAAAUUUUAUGGUGAUCGAGUGAUUUAAUGUUAUUGUGAAAAUAUUCUAUAUUAUAAAAUUAUAAUGUAUGUAAAAAGUAGAGUUAGUUGAUAUACAAUGAGGCGAAAUGUUGCCGUCGAAAAACUAGAAAAUUGAUAAAAAAUUUUAUAACGAUUUUGUACUGAA